AUGGCCGCUGAAAAAUACCUAAUGGAGAAUUAUAAAAGAUUUUUACUCAACAGAACUACGGUAACGCCAGUAAUUGUUGAAUACAUUGAAAACUGUCUUACUAAUGAAGAAACAGCAAAUCAAUCUUUUCAUAAAAUUAUGAUACACAAUUGGCAAGACAGUUUACCACAAGUUUUUGAUGUAAUUAGUAAUCACUAUGGGUCAUCAUUUAUACCAGUAAAUUGCACAUCUAAGGGAGAACUCACAUCUUUCUACACAUCAAGUUUGAAAUUAGUUAUGAACCUAAUAAAGUUCGAUUUUAUUUUUCCCUACAGUAGAAAUAUGUUCAAUGUGGAUGUGUUGUUUAACGAUAAAACAGCAUCUGAUUUCUUUCGACGUGUUACUACUGUGGAAGAUAUUGUUUCUAGCGUGGUGUGCUGUCGGUUCACUGAAAAGUGUGUGCUUGACUUGUCAAAUUUUUGUGAAGAUUCAGAAUUUGUGGACAAUAAAAUAUUUUUCUACAAGUUAUCACUGCUCUCGCAGUUUAAAAUCCUAAUGCUUAGGAUGGGAAGAGAUACUAAGAAGUUAAUUUUAAGAAAUAAUAAUCUAAGUCUAGCUCCAGCAGACAUAUUGAAUUUUUUUAUAAAAUCAGAUUUGACAGCCAUUGAUUUAAGUUAUAAUAAUAUACCAUCUUUACAAGGAUUACAUAGAGUAAGCAGUAAAAUUGAGAGACUUUGGAUUGAAGGCAAUCCUUUGUGUGAAGAAUUAGAUCCAAUAACAUAUGUCAAGAAAAUUGCCAUUAGAUUCCCUAGAUUAACUGAACUGGAUGGAGUAAAGAUCAAUCAACAUGGUAUUAAUAUUCCUUACUUUAGAAAUUAUCAAGCCACACCUGAUAAAAGAACGAAGGUAGUUGUUGAGCACUUCAUAAGAAAUUAUUUCUCAAACUUUGAUGCUAAAAAAGGAUUUAAAAGCAUUGCGCCUUUUUAUGAAGAGCAGGCUACUCUUACAAUAGCUACUGACUUUACCGAUGCACAAGAGAAAUUAUUGCAACAUUAUGGUAUGUUUCAUCGCAACUUAAUAAAUCCAGAGCAUAACAACAAAAUUGCAACUAUAUCAAAUUACGGACUCUGCAAUUCUAGAGCACAUAUUUUUACGGUGUUCUCCAGAUGGCCUGAGACAAUCCAUGAUUUAAGUACAUUUACUGUUGAUGUGAUGUGUCAUAAUACGGCUGUGUUAAUGCUUACAAUUGAUGGCAUAUACAAGGAGUUGGUAAGUCCAGGACAUCCAACAGAAAAUAUAUUUCAGUUCAGAAGAACAUUUCUGUUUAAUAUCCAUACCGAGAAUCAAAUUUCCAUAUAUAGAAUACAGCACGAAAUGAUGAAUGUAAGGUUUGCAACUACAGAACAGAUAAGAAACAGUUUUCAGACUCCAAUAGUAAAUACGAACUCCUUGACGCCAAUAGAUCCCACGAGUGAAGAAAAGGAAGCCUUGCUGAAGGUCUUUCAACAUAUUACACAAUUGAAAAAAACGGAAGCUGAGUUACGUCUUACAUAUAACUCCUGGAAUAUCUACAACGCCAUGAGAGACUUUUCGAAGGAAUUUUCAAAGAAUAUAACAAAAAAUAAUAGUAUACAGGUAGACAGAUUUCUUGUUGAAGAGGAAGACUUUUCUGAUUGUUCGUCGCUACUUGACGAAAUCGACUAA